AUGGCUUUCAUCGUUGAAGGCCAUAUCAAAUCUCGUGGGUGCCAAACCAUCGUUGCCGUGCUUUCUGCAGCUUUUGACACUAAGCAUAGCUCCCCAAACUUGAACACGAUGUUUCUUACUAAGAGUGCCAUGAGCACCCCUUACGCUCAUUACACAAAAACGAAUCACAGUGUUGGAACCGACGAGGAGAAAAGCGGAAUCAACCUUGUGAUCUCCGCCAUAUCGCUGAUGAUGAGCAAUAUGAGGGCAAUCUCUGCGACACUCACUUACCUUUACAAAUCGUUGACUCGGUCUCACAAAGCUCAUCUCCGACUUAUUUCCCCUGUAGGUAGGAUCCCUCCGGAGCUCUUAUCCGAUAUCUUCAUCCUUAAUGGCACCGUGGAGGCUGCUCGUCUACCUCAGCAUGAGGCUUCCAUACCCUACUUUCACCAUCACAGUAAAGUCAAAAUCAGUGCAUCUGGGUAUCUUAAUGUUGCCCAAGUCUCUCGACGAUGGAGGGAUAUCGCGCUAGGGGCUCCGAGGUUAUGGAACAGGGUCAUCAUUGCGCCCGUGGACAAGAAUCCAUGGAGCUUCAAGGCCAAACCUCUGUUGACCACACUUCCAUUUCCUUUCGAGCUAACUAAAAAGGCAGAAGGCUUCCCCGUUUUCCUUACCCUUGACCUGCGGGCGGCUAGCUUAGGUCAUGAUGCUAACAUGGACUACCUGCCAAUAAACCCCGCGAGCAGUGCUGUACGGGCAAUUGAUGUCGUGCAGCCGCGAUUACCAAGCAACCUUGUGGAGUUGUUCCAGUGGCUCUCUCAGUUCGACAAACUCACCCACCUCGUCCUUGAUGACGUUGGCAUCGACGUCCGAUCUGACUCCGAUGACUGGCCUCCCGCUGGUGCACCCUCCGAGUUCCUUGACCGCCUCACACAUCUUCAUAUACGAACCGAGUACGUCUAUCAGAUAGAGUCGUUCUUCGAGAUUCGUACGUGGAGUAAUCUGCGCUCAUUGACCAUCGACAUGUACGGAGACAGUGACGUCAGCUGGUUAAGCAUGCAAGCUAUCUUUGACCACAUACCAAAUCUCGCCGAGCUGUGGAUCGCCGAGGAAGUGGUUGAGCCGAACCUGAGCUGGAGCACCAUCCGUAUCAAUUCCGAUAAGCUGCUACUGUUCGCACUCGUCGUCAACCCAAAAUGGCUCGCCGAAGACGACUACGAGAUGGACCAGCUCUUCGACUGUCUUACCUUCCCCGCUCUCACCGAUCUCAUCGUCACCAGCCCGCUGGAAGGGAAAGUCGACUUCUUGUGGAAUUUCCUCAUUCGCUCCCAGUGCCAUCUCACAAGUCUGACGUUUACGGACAUCUUUGAUCAUGACCUCGCAAAUGCCGAGUCAAGUUUGAUUCAUCAAGCUGGCAUUGGGCUGGCAGAGGAGUUUUGUAUCCCAUCCAUCAUGUAUGAUCGACCUUACAUGGUGCUGGUACGGGAUGGUUUUCGUAUGGAAUGCCUAUCGCUGAAGGCCGAUUCCUACACUACAUGA